AUGAUCCUUAUACUUUCGACAGGUGGUGCCAGCGGCAUUGGUCGUUUCUUGGCUGAGAGGCUCGUUAGCAAAGGAAUGAAAGUGGUGGUUUCUGACCGGAAUUUCAAAGGUGCAGAAGAAGUUGCCCAAGACUUGAACAAAAAUGGCCAAGUCGCUUGGGCUGCGCAGGUCGAUGUGGCAGACUGGGAUUCGCAGAGAAAAGCAUUUGAGACUGCUGUUGAAAAACUAGGCAGAGUCCACUACGUCUUCCCAGUCGCCGGCAUCACCGAACGGCUCUGGAUUCCCAAUGAACCAAGUGGCGAUGGUUUCGUGAAACCUGAUCUAUCUGUCUUUGAUAUCAAUGGGACCGGAGCUCUGUAUACCUCUGCCCUAGCAACCCAACAUUUCCGAGCUCAACAACCCAACAAGUACGGGUUCCGUGGAAAGAGUAAUAGUGCUGUCGUGGGUUUUGUACGGUCCUACGGGAAAUUCCUGCCCGAGGAAAAAAUAACGCUCAACGCCAUAUGCCCAUGCAUCGUAAGGACUGGUAUUUCCAGCAACGAGUUCUACAACAAGAUCGAGGCGAAGGGGCUGCUGACACCUGUGGAAACUUUGUUGGGCGCGUUUGAAGAACUGCUGGGAGAUUGUACUACUUCUGGUGAAGCCAUCGAGAUUCUUCCUGGUAGUGGAGGCUCUAAAAUCAAGGAGCGUCCCGAAUAUACGAGUAAGGAGUGCAAAACAAGCGUUGAGUUGGCUCAUGCGCGGUCUUACAAGGCUUUCUUCGGAGCUUCUAGAGCUACUCAGUCCUAA